CCGUUUUGAAGUGAUCGACGCGGGAUUAAUAUUCAAUUUUUUAUUUCAUUUACGUGGGUUCUACUUUAUUUGUCCAGGAUGUCGCAUCUAAUGCCACGGCGAACCAGCGAGUUCCGAGGCGAUGUGCUGGAAGAGCGAUGCACCGCCGAAAGGCGGCAGACCAGGGCGAGUAAGCGCAGCACAGCCAUGCAUACUCCGUUGUCCACGCAGGCGAUCUCCCGAAGACCCUCGGCGACGCGUCUGCUGCAGCCGUUGAACUUGGAGCGGGAUCGGACGGGUCAAAUGGGUGUGACGCCCAAACGAGGCCACCGACUUGUGCCCUCCACAGCGGAACGAGCUGUUCCCCUGCACACCGAUAAGAAGUGGGUAGCGGAGCGGUCGCAUCAGAUACUGGAGUACCUACAUGCCGUUCAGGACAGCGAGGCGCCCACAGGAUUCACCUCGGACCUCUUUAGUCGGCCUGGCGGGCUACGGCACAUGACCAUCAAGCAGUUCGUGGCCAUCCUUAACUUUCUGUUCCACCACAUCUGGCGUAAUCGCUUGACAGUGGGCCAGAACCAUGUCGAGGACAUCACCAGUGCCAUGCAGAAGCUCCAAUAUCCUUAUCAGGUUAACAAAUCUUGGCUUGUGUCGCCGACCACGCAGCACUCCUUUGGCCACGUGAUUGUCCUGCUGGACUUUCUCAUGGACUUUGCGCCGCCAAUGCCCUCCACUGAUGAACCGGAAGAAGAGUUUCCGUUCAUGGAGACAACGGAGCAGCCCAGCUCGUAUCUGAACAGCAUGCACUGCGAAUCAACGGCCGGUAUCUCCAUCACCCAGGUGCAGGCCAUCCAGCUGGAUGAGGAGGUCAACGCUCUGCUUUUCGUCGAGGCCAGCAGCUGCAUUGUCCUGUGGGAUCAGGAGCUCACCGAGGAGGAGGCCAAACUGCAAGCGGAAACCAGAGAUCAAGUGAUUAGUAAGAAAUGCGAUUUGCCGGACCACCAAGCGCUGGACCAAGUGAUCGAGGAUCUUAGAGUCAAGCUGCAGCAACUCAACGAUAAGCUUCAGCAACCCAGCGAUGGCAAUAAGCUGGAUAAACUAGAGCAUCUUUACAAGGAGAAGGAGCAGCUCGCGCAACAGCUGGCUGACAGUCAGGAGGAGCUGAACCAGCAGCUGAACCACUUUGACCAGCUGUCCGCCCAGGCCGAUGAAAAGCAGGCUAAUCUCCGCCAGCAAAUUAAGUACGAGCAGCGCCUGGAGCAGGCGGUUAACAGCCAGAAGUACUCUGCUCAACAACUGAAUGCGCUGCAAAUAGGGAGCAACGAUAUCGAAAACUACUCCAAGGCCUAUGAGCGCCAGGUGAAGCAGAUGUCCGACCUGGAGCUGCACCAGCAGGUCAUGCUGUCGCGGGCUAAGCAAAAGCAGUUGGACUGCGUUGAGGCCUUUAACACGCAUGCCCGCUACCUUGGCGUGGACUCGGUUAUAUGCUGCCUAAUGAAGGACGGCGUUGAUCAGCAGUUGGACCUUACGCUGCCGCUAAGUCCCAAGCAGGAGGAUAUCUCCAUACGGGUUCAGAGCCUGGAGGUGCUGCGUAAUCUUCUCCAGCAGCAGCGUCAACAGAAUUUCGAUCGGCGUCAGAUGCUGGAUCAGCAGGCGGACAAGAUAAAGUGCGACUCCAUCGGAUUGGAAGCGAAAGUUGCCGCCUUGGAGUCUCACCUACAAGCACAAAAACAUCGCCUGACCAAAAUGGAGGCGGGCUAUCGCAUCAAGUGCGAUACAAUGGUGCAGUUCCGUCAGCAGCUAAUAGAGGAUCAGUUGGAUCAGAUCACCCGUCUGGAGGAACUGGAGAAGCGGCAGCACGAGGCCCAGGAGAGGCUCCAGGCCAGCGAUCAGAAAAAUGAAAACCUACUCGCCGGCGCCGAGUUGUAUCAGGAGGAAGACCACAAAGCCCGCAACGCGCACCUUGACAAAUGCGAGCUGAAGCUUGCCGCAGCAGAGAAAGAGCUGCAAGCUCUGGACUUAAAGCUCACCGCGAGCAAGGCCAAACUGAAAGAGGCCGAGCAGAUGGUGUAUUCCACUCAGCUGCCCUCCUUUGAGCCAGUGCUACUCGCCAUCAAAAGACGCUGAUCCACUAGUCCUAAUCUUUUCUAUUCAUUAAUACGUUGAAAAGGAUUUAUCUAUUUUAUAAAUAUUUGUGUACUUUACGAAACAAAAGUAUCUUCGUCAGCUGUGGCUGUUGUUCUGCAUCGAAUUUUUAAUAGAAAACAAUUAUGUUGCUAAAAUAUGAUAGUAUUAAUAAAAUAUAUCUGAGCUCAUAAAGGUUAAAA